AUGGUACUGCGCCGCCUGUCGAAACAGCGAAAGAUCACCAAUCCACAGAUGCUGCUCAUGCACCGCCGGGAGCCGUACAAACCGUGUAUGAAGGACCGCCACGAGAUUGAGAAUCGCGCCAAGUUGUAUGAAUUCGAGCGGAAGAAUGCGGAGGGUCUCAUGUUUGUGCCGGACACUGCACUUCCGCCGUGGAAGAAGUCACUCGCGUUGAACGCCACUGCGGCGGCAAACCGCAUGAACUUUAGAGGCUUUCGUGUGCGUGUGGUGGACCGGCAGGAUGAGCCGGGAUUUCCAACACCAUUUCGUUAA